UACAGGCAUAGAUAGAUCACUUCUCAAGAUCAAGAAAACUUCAAUCCUGAAAAAGAAUGAAGGAAAGUCGGAUUUAUCUAGCAUUUUACUAUGUACCUCUGCUUUCUCUUCUGUUUAUAACAGAAUCCAAUGCUCACAAGCUUCAUUGUUCGUGUAGCCGUCCUUCUUCAUGUGGUAACCAUGAAGUGAUUGUCCAAUACCCAUUUCGAUUCAGAUUCGAUCCAGAAGGAUGUGGAAUGAAAGACUAUGAACUGGAAUGCGAGAAUGAUCGGCCAGUCCUGUACAUUGGUUCUGGAAGAUACUAUGUUUUGGGAAUCAACUAUGACAACUAUAGAAUCAGAGUUAUCGAUGACGGCAUUCAAAAGGGAAACUAUUCUUCUCUUCCUCUUCAUUUCCUAACACCUAAUAUGUGGUACGAGGAACUGAACGUACCUUAUGAUAGGAUUGGAACGAAGACGGAAAGAGCUGUGAUCGCAAAUAUAAAGUGUGGGAAACUGUCGUCGGUGAUAGAAUUGGAAGAGGAAGAGAUGGAUUUGGCUGUAGUGAAGCUAAAACAGACACAUUCAGAAGUUCUUACUCGCUACUUUUUGUUCGGUACUCUUCAAGAGUGGGGGAGAAAGAAGUUGCCUGAAGGGUGCGGCAUAGAGAGCCUGCACUUGACACUCGCGACCUCAAUGGAUUGGCUUCGUAGGGAGAGGAUGAGUAGCAACGAUUCCAUAUUAUUCUCACGCUUCCAUAACGAUUUGGCUCGUGGAUUUGAGCUUGGAUGGAUUGACGGAUAUUGUGCUUCUGACCUUGAUAGGAAUGAUUGCUACGUUGUUGAUAAUCCUUACGCCGCCUAUUGCAGGGAUCGGAUUCUGCUUCAUAUCACUCUUUAUCAACGUCUGAUGAACUUUAUGUACGGUCAUCAUGGUUUUGCUAUCUUGACAGAUUUGGGUGAGUGUCUUGCAGCAAGAACUUUUUGUGGAUGGAUGUUGCUUUGUAUUUACUUGAUAUACAAAUAUCGAAGAAGACAUUUGUCGGUUUUCGAUUCCAUUGAAAACUUCCUCCAAUCCCAAAACAACCUCGUGCCCAUUAGCUACUCUUAUCGAGAGAUUAGAACAAUGACAAAAGGGUUCAAGGAUAAACUAGGAGAAGGAGGAUUUGGUUCGGUGUACAAAGGUAAACUUAGAAGUGGUCAUGAUGUUGCAAUAAAAAUGUUAGGCAAGAGCAAAGCGAAUGGGCAAGAGUUUAUAAACGAAGUAGCCACCAUCGGAAGAAUUCACCAUGUUAAUGUGGUUCAACUUAUUGGAUUUUGUGCUCAUGGAUCUAAACGUGCACUUGUGUAUGACUUCAUGCCCAAUGGUUCCUUAGAGAAGUACAUAUCCUCUCAUGAAGGUAAUUCGGUUUGUUCUUUAAGUUGUGAACAAAUGUAUAAUGUCUCACUUGGAAUCGCACGUGGGAUUGAAUAUUUGCACCGAGGGUGUGACAUGCAGAUCCUUCAUUUCGAUAUCAAGCCUCACAACAUUCUCCUAGACGGAAAUUUUACACCUAAAGUUUCUGACUUUGGACUUGCAAAAUUGUAUCCAAUUCAUAACAGUGUUGUAUCUCUAACCGCUGCAAGAGGAACCAUGGGCUACAUGGCUCCUGAGUUGUUCUACAAAAACAUUGGUGGUAUAUCUUAUAAAGCGGAUGUUUACAGUUUUGGAAUGCUCUUGAUGGAAAUGGCUGGAAGAAAGAAAAGUAUGAAUGCACAUGUAGAAACUCUAAGCAAAGAUUACUUUCCAUCGUGGAGAUUCGAUCAAUUCAAUGACGAUAAUGAGGUAGAUACAAGAGAGACUAGAGCUGAGGAAGUGGAGAAAGUGAAGAAAAUGGUGAUUGUGGCCUUGUGGUGCAUACAAUUCAAGCCAAAUGAUCGACCUCCAAUGAACAGAGUGGUAGAGAUGUUGGAAGGAGGCCUUGAGCUAUUGAAAAUGCCUCCAAAACCUUUCAUUACUUCUUCCGAAAUGGUAACAAAGGAUAAUUAGUAGGUAGUUCCUCGAUUAAAGGUCGAUCAAAUAUGAAGAAGGUACUUGUUUCUAGUAACCAAUAGCCAUGUAUGUAUUUUAUAGUUUGGUCUUAUUAGUAGUUAAAUGUAUAUAAACAAUUAAGUUGCAAAGUUAUGAUGGGUUAUGAAUGUAAAAGUUUGGA